AUGGUGCAAGUCAAAAUGUCCAAAUCGCCCGUAGACCCUCUGUCUGCUGUGGAAACCGGCUCUCAGUCGCACUAUUUUCAGCUGCCCAGGAAGUUGCCUAAACGGAAGAGCCGCUUCAAACGCUCAGAUGGCAGCACGUCUUCUGACACAACAUCCAGCUUCAUCAAACGGCAGGGGUCGGCUGAUUCGUACACCAGUAGACCGUCGGAUUCAGACCUGUCAGCGGAGGAGGACCGCGAGGCGUAUCGGCGUGAAGCCGAGCGCCAGGCACAACUGCAGCUCGACAGAGCUAAGUCCAAACCUGUAGCGUUUGCAGUAAAGACGAAUGUGAGUUACUGUGGAGCUCUGGAUGAGGACUGUCCUGUCCAAGGAGCUGCAGUCAAUUUUGAUGCCAAAGACUUCCUGCACAUCAAAGAAAAGUACAAUAAUGACUGGUGGAUCGGUCGGCUAGUAAAGGAGGGAGCAGACAUCACCUUCAUCCCCAGCCCUCUACGACUAGAGGCCAUGAGGCUCAAACAGGAGCAGAAACAGAGGAAAACAGGGGGUAACUCCUCUAGUUUAGGAGACAUGGUGACCGGGGGCUGGAGGACUACACCGCCAUCUGCAGGUGAAUCCAAACAGAAGCAAAAACAGGAACACGUCCCUCCCUACGACGUGGUGCCCUCUAUGAGGCCGGUGGUUCUCGUGGGACCAUCGCUGAAGGGCUAUGAGGUGACGGAUAUGAUGCAGAAAGCUCUUUUUGACUUCCUGAAACACAGAUUUGAGGGAAGAAUCUCAAUCACCCGUGUAACUGCCGACCUGUCUUUAGCCAAGAGAUCUGUCCUCAACAAAAGACCCAUAAUGGAGCGAUCCAACACUCGCUCCAGCCUAGCGGAGGUUCAGAGUGAGAUUGAGAGGAUAUUUGAGCUCGCCAAAACCCUGCAGCUGGUGGUUCUGGACGCGGACACCAUCAACCAUCCUGCGCAGCUCGCCAAAACCUCCCUCGCACCCAUCAUUGUCUACGUUAAAGUUUCCUCACCAAAGGUGCUCCAGAGGCUGGUCAAAUCCAGGGGGAAGUCUCAGAGCAAGCACCUGAAUGUGCAGAUGAUGGCUGCAGACAAACUUUCUCAGUGUCCCCCUGAUAUGUUUGAUGUCAUUUUGGAUGAGAACCAGCUGGAAGAUGCUUGCGAGCAUUUGGCCGAAUACCUGGAGAUCUACUGGCGUGCCACUCACCUCCCAGGAAACACCCCUCUUAAUCCCUUAUUGGAGCAGAGUCUGAUGACCCCGCCUUCUGCCAUCUCUAGCCUACAGAACCAGAACAAAAACCAGUCGCAGCCUCGUGAGGCGGUGGGCUUGGAGGGUGACGAGGAGGAAGACGCGGGCGAGGAGGCCCACUCCCCCUUGGAGCAGGACAGUCUUAUGCCAUCCGAUGAGGCCAGUGACUCCCUGUCUCGUGGCCGGAGGGGGAGCCCGUGCCACAGGGGGGGUGAGGAGGACGAGGAAGAGGAGGGAGAAGAAGAGGAAGAGGAGGAGGAGGAGGAUGAGUAUGCCUCCCCAUGUCAUGCUCGCACAUACAGGGACAUGUACCCCCCUCACCGUGGGCACACAGGCAGUGCCCACAGUGCCAACGGGCACGAGUCACAGGACAGGCUGCUCCAACGCGAAGCUCAGCAAGGUCACAACCAGAGGAACAACCGCCAGCGCAGCCGCCCCUGGCCCCGAGACACCUACUGAAGAGCAAGGCCCUCAAGCCCCCCCCCCCAAGCCCUCCGUCUGUCAAACAGUCCCAAAUACAGCAUUUAGAGAUGGAAAAAAAAACACUCAAAACUUUAAUGUAAUUCAGAAACAAACAGACUCAGAUGUCCAGUUUAUAAAGCAGACAACUGUAGGUGUGUAGUAUUUACAAUCUCUCUCUUCCAUACUCCCAGUUUCAAUUUAUCUAGACCGAGGGGAUGUAACGACCUCUCCAGGGUCAAGUCAUUCAGAUAAAAGUCAACAGGGCUACUCACCUCUGCAAUGGAAAGGUUUCAGGCUACCAGCUGUACGCAAACUCAAACUUUAGCUGCUUUGCCUAAGGUUUCUCUAUUGUAGGAUGUCUCAUAUACUGGCCUUAAAAUUCCUAAGACUUUUAACUAUCUUUACUAUUGCAUGUACAAGUAUAAUUAUUUUAAGACUAUUUGCACAUUGUCAGAACAGGAACUGAAUGAUCUUCACAGAUAAACUAAUGUAGGAAUGUCUACUUACUGUUGAAUCAAUUUAUGGGGAAUAGUAAUGCAUUUGAUUCCAAUGUAUAUACUGAAUGGGCACCUGGUUUUGUUUCAUUGCUACUUUAGUUAUUGAUUUGUCUGAUUAUGUUACUAUGGACUUGUUUGCUGUUUUAGAGAAAUGUUGCCACCCAUGUGUUGUCAGUUUUUAACUCUGAAGAAGGUGAAUGGCGUUUGGGAGACACACACACAGUUUAUCAUUGUGUAAACGGUUACAAUGUUAAGUACGA